AUGACACAUGCACCAGAGGCAUACACACUUGGAUCUCUAAGCCUAACACCUCCAAUUACAAAGUGUCAUCCUGGUAGGCUAAAGAAGACAAGGAUGUUGCCAAAGGGUGAAUUCAAGGUGGAUGUAAUGCCUAUCGUUGAAGGGAGCCGUAUCAUCAUAACCACUAGAGAUAUGGGAUUGCUCAACACCUGCGGAGUAGAAAACCUUUAUGAGGUUAAGUGCUUGAACGAUAAGGAUGCUCUCAAGAUGUUUAAACAGAUUGCUUUUCAACGAGGAGAAGAAACAAGGACGGCUGCUCCUGAGGUGUGGGAAGAAGCUUUAACUGCACUUGAAAGCAGCCUUGAUGACAAUAUAAUGGAAAUCUUGAGAAUUAGCUACGAGGGAUUACCAAAACCACACCAGAAUGUGUUCCUUCAUGUUGCUUGUCUCUUCAACGGAGACACUCUCCAGCGUAUCAAUUCCCUUCUCCAUGGACCCAUACCUCAGAGCAGCCUGUGGAUAAGAGUUUUAGCUGAGAAGUCUCUCAUCAAAAUAUCAACCAACGGAUCUGUAAUCAUGCAUAAGUUGGCAAGGGAAAUGAUCCGUGACAACAGAGGAUCUAAGCAUCUCAAUCAACUUCCAGAUCUUUCAGGUAUCACUAGUCUUGAGGAACUGGUUCUGGAACACUGCACAAGACUAAAAGGCAUUCCAGAGUCUAUUGGAAAAAAAUCUACGCUAAAGAAGCUCGAGUUAUCUUACUGUGGAGGCCUUAGACGUGCCUUGAGGUUUUUUAUACGGAAACCUACAAUGCAGCAACAUAUUGGACUGGAGUUUCCAGACGCAAAAGUGAAAAUGGAUGCACUUUUAAACAUAUCCAUUGGUGGAGACAUAAGUUUUGAGUUCUGUUCAAAAUUUAGAGGAACUGCUGAAUAUGUUUCGUUUAACUGUGAUCAACAGAUCCCUGUCACAUCUUCAAUGAAUCUUCAGCAAGCGCCUUGGCUCAUCUCAGAGUGCAACAGAUUCAACUCCCUCAGCAUCAUGAGGUUCAGCCACAAAGAAAACGGUGAAUGUUUCUCCUUUGACAGCUUUCCAGAUUUUCCUGACCUGAAAGAGCUAAAGCUAGUGAACUUAAACAUCCGGAAGAUUCCAUCUGGGGUUCAUGGGAUCCAUAAGUUGGAGUUCAUAGAGAAGCUGGACCUCAGUGGGAAUGAUUUUGAGAACUUACCAGAAGCUAUGAAUGGUCUUUCCCGGUUGAAAACUCUCUGGCUUAGAAACUGCUUCAAGCUCAAGGAGUUGCCAGAGCUAACUCAAGUGCUGACAUUGACACUUACCAACUGUAGGAACCUCAGAUCACUGGUGAAACUAUCUGAAGAUCAGGGAAGAUACUGUUUGCUUGAGCUUUGCCUUGAAAACUGCAACAAGUUGAGUUGUUGUCAGACCAGCUCAGCCAUUUAA